AUGAAUCGUCCCAACAGAUGCCCUUUCCAGUGGGUAUGUACUUCUUUUUUAAGGCGAUUCCCGUACAAAACUGUUUUCAGCUGUAUUUGGGCACACUCAAUCUCGCUUACAACAAACUGAGCGAAAGAUUGGUGAGUACUGGCAAAGUGGAAAAGGAUUUAGAUGGGAACUCUCUCAGAAAUGUUUUUCAAUUUUUGAAGACGAUUAGAAAAAAGUUGAUUAAAAAACAGACAAACUGAAAUGUGAUUUUCAGAUUCGUCUCUUCGGACACCACGGAGAUUUCACGAGACGGAUGAAUAACUUCCGCAUUACCAUCAAUCAGGCAGAGCAUUCUUGGCGUCAUGGAACUUCCGCGGAGUGCCUUGUACUCCUCGAUCGCGCCCUGGUCAUCAAGUUCACUCUGGACGCAUUGAUCGACCCAUUGCUCAACUAG